CCCGGCAGUGGAGAACGGCCCAGAGCUUGCUUCCUUCGCUGUCCCUGUAGGCGUUUAUGUACCGUACUUGUCUGCCUGGUCCCUUCUCCCUCGCUCGGCCUGAUUUCACUCCACGUUCCCCGUCCCCUGACAAGGACUCACACAGAAGGCGUGUCCUCCCGGGCGGCUGUUGCGAGCUGGCGGUUGCUGCCGCUGCGGAAGGCAGCUUAAAGCUAUAAAAGAAGUGAUCGGCUGCCGGCUUGAGCCGCACUUCCCGCCUCUGCUUUCCUCAGAAGGACUUGGAGCCGGUGCCGAGCAGAGCCGCGGAGCACCGCCCGCGUGUCUGGGGGCGAAGAGAAGGCGAGGGGAUGGCAAAGCCAUAGAGGGCGCUGGGCAAGCCUCCAUGCGUGGUCUAGCUGCCUUUGCAACAUGCUGGCACUACAGAUCAGCUAAAAGGAGUUUGCACACGGCUGUUGGAGCUGGAUUGCAGCGCUCUCUUUCCUUAUGAAGAAGACACAAACUUGGAUUAUCACUUGCUUUUAUCUUCAAUUGCUCCUACUUCAUCCUCUUGUUAAAGCCCAAAGUCCCUGUGGGAAUCCGGUGACAGAUGAUGUAAAUGAAAUUGCAGUGCUGGUUGGAAAUCUUCCAGUUGAUUAUAUGAUAGCUCUUAAAUAUGUCCGGAAGAUGGACUCACUGCAUUACCACUGUUGGUUGCAUUUGAUGGUCCCCGAAUUGUUAAACAGUCUGAAUAAUCUUCUCAAUAAAUUUAAAGAAUUUCCAGAUAUGUCAAAUGUCUUGAGUAAUUAUUCAAUCAUCAAUAAACUAAGAAGGAUCAUCAAUGAUGUGAUGGCAUGUUUACCUUCUACCACCUACAAGAAUUAUAGCCAAGAUUAUGACCAUCUAUAUGAAGAAGGUAAAUUCAUUCCAGAAGAGUUCUUUAAGCACUUUUACAGCACUAUUGAGGCCUACAAAAACUUCUCAGAAAGACCAGAACAAAGUGACUGCGUUCUUCCCUCAACAACAGAACCCUCUCCAAAUGAUUCAAGCACCAGUGUCACAGAGCCAUUUUUAUUACAUCCUGUUGCAGCCAGUUCCCUUAGGAAUGACAGCAGUGACAAUAACAGCAACAAAGCAGAAUUGGGCUUCCACAGUCACGCCAGCAUACAGGCAGUGAGCAUAGUGCUUCCAUCAUUGGUGGCUCUUUUGUUUGGCUUUAUUUUGGGAGCCAUGUGCUGGAAGAAAAGGACCUGCAGGCAUAUACUAGAAAUUGACCAGACUACACAAUCUAACAUCUGCCAAGAAGAUAAUGAGAUAAGUAUGUUGCAGCACAAAGACAAAUCGCUUCUACAAGUGUAGCUGUUUCUUUUUUAUAUAUACACUGUUACUGCUUCAUGUCUAGGCAGCUAACAGUUCUAAGUUUGCUUCAUAAAUGAAGCAGCUUUAAGCAUAUUUGUAUUCCUUUUGGAGUGACAGACUGAGUCUGCAUCUGUUGCUGUUGCCCGUGACUCCAUAUUCACAAUAUAGAACUGUGGACAAAAACUCUGCUACUGUGAAACCAACGUGGAAUUCAACAUCCCAGAGAAAAGAGUCUACAGCGAAAAAGAUUACCGUUUUUUAACGCAGAUCAAAGUGUCUCUUUGCACCUUGGAUUUGCAGUGGAUGUUAGCAAAUACAGUAAGAAGAUUUAUGUGAACCAAGAUAUAAGGAAGUUUGCAUUGGGUAUUCAAAUGGAGACUAUGAAUAGAAGAAAUGUGUGGAAAUGGACAAAAAUAGGAAACUUCAGAAAUGUAUAUAAUUCUUGCAAAUAAGUUUAUGCAAUGGACUAAUGUGCUAGUUUUCUUUUGUCAGUGGAACUGGGUUAGUAGUCAGGGAAAGUCUCAUUUAAAAUCAGAUAACUUCCAAGAUAUAAGUGGAAUUUAAUUUUCUGUCAAAAAUUUUAUACACUUUCAAAAUACAGUUUGACAAUGUUGUUAUUGUCUGUUCAGUAGAAGUGAUCUAAAUGCAAUUAUUAUAGGGUGGCACGUUGAUGGUUGUAAGGAGGAUUACCAUUUAUGUUCCAGUACGAGAAAGGGGGGGGGCAGAAUAUAAAAUUGUUAUCUGGAAUAGAGAAUUAUCAUGAAACUGAAUUAAAGUACUUAAAAAACACACUAUUCUUGAUACUAACAGAAAUCAGGUCAUCUCAGAGAUAGCAAGUUUACUUUAACUUUUAUUAUAUGUCCUUGAAUAUUUCGAAAUGAAUUUUAAAACACAUAUUUCAUCAUUUGGAAUUCUCCAUCAAUUAUUAUUAAUUCAGCUCAAAUAGAAAGGAUUAUUUGUCUAAAUAUUUCUCAGCCUUUUGAUAAUUGUAGCAAAGCUGUGGACAGCAAUUCCCAGGUUAAAAAUUACCAGUUAGUCAUGAAUUUUAAUGGAACACUAAAAACAUUGAAGCCUGUAUAUAGUGUUAAGUUAUUUUUUCCUGAAAAUGGAUUUGAAGAAUUUUAUUUUCUAUGAAAUAGUUGGAUUGCUCUACAUUCCAAACUACUAAUCCAAUAAUAAGUUUAAACUAUUGUAAGUUUAAUUAAACUAUUGUUAAAUUUUCCUUUAUGAUGCAUUGA